UACCAGUGGCGCACGACCUGUUUCUGUUACCUGUUGUGAAGAGAAAAGUGACCUACAUUUCAACACUUUAACGAAUAUAUUUCCUCUCAAGUGUGAACCUGGACCUUUGGAAUGGCAGUGAAGGCAUCGGAUCUUGGGUCAGUUAGUAUUACUAUGGAGGACAGCCUGUGUAAUGGAGGAACACAGCCACAGGAAGCUCCACUGCUAACCCAUCUGAAAAAGGUAGAGAACCACAUCACAGAGGCACAGCGCUUCUCUCACCUGCCCAAACGCACUGCUGUGGACCUGGAGUUCAGAGACCUGUCCUACACCAUCAGAGAAGGGCCGUGGUGGAAGAAACAAGGUUAUAAGGCCCUACUCAAGUGUCUAUCGGGGAAGUUUUGCAGUCGGGAACUCAUUGGCAUUAUGGGCCCCUCUGGGGCUGGAAAAUCCACUUUGAUGAACAUCCUGGCGGGAUACAGGGAAACAGGAAUGACUGGACAGAUCCUGGUAAAUGGAAAGCUCAGAGACCUCCGAACCUUUCGUAAAAUGUCCUGUUACAUUAUGCAAGAGGACAAAUUGCUGCCCCACUUGACUGUUCAAGAAGCAAUGAUGGUAUCAGCCAACCUGAAGCUCAAUGAAGACACAGAGGUGAAAAAAGAGCUGAUAAAAGAAAUUCUGACAGCCCUGGGACUGUAUGAGUGUGUCCACACUCGAACUGUGUGUCUCUCUGGGGGCCAGUGUAAGCGGUUGGCUAUUGCCCUUGAGCUAGUAAACAACCCCCCAGUCAUGUUUUUUGAUGAGCCCACCAGUGGUUUGGAUAGCGCAUCCUGUUUCCAGGUAGUGUCAUUGAUGAAGUCUCUGGCACAAGGAGGGCGAACUAUCAUUUGCACUAUUCACCAGCCCAGUGCCAAACUGUUCGAGAUGUUUGAUAAGCUGUAUAUUUUAAGCCAAGGCCAGUGCAUAUUAGUUUUGACACAUCUGCGGCUAAUGUCACACAUCUCCAUUGGAGUGCUGAUAGGCCUGCUGUACCUCAAUAUUGGCAAUGACGCCAGCAAAGUCUUCAACAACACUGGUUUCCUCUUCUUCUCAAUGCUCUUUCUCAUGUUUGGCGCGCUGAUGCCUACAGUUCUUACCUUUCCCCUAGAGAUGGCUGUGUUUCUGAGGGAACAUCUAAACUACUGGUACAGCUUGAAGGCUUACUAUCUGGCUAAGACAAUGGCUGACAUUCCAUUCCAGGUCCUUUGUCCUAUCAUGUACUGCAGUAUUGUAUACUGGAUGACUAAACAGCCUCCAGAGGCAAGCCGCUACUUGCUGUUUUUGGCUUUGUCGAUCUGCACAGCUUUAGUAGCCCAGUCUCUUGGACUUCUAGUCGGUGCUGCCUCCACAUCCCUUCAGGUAGCCACUUUUGUCGGUCCGGUUACAGCCAUUCCGGUGCUACUAUUCUCGGGGUUCUUUGUGAACUUUGACACCAUUCCAGAAUACCUGCAAUGGAGUUCCUACGUGUCCUAUGUCCGGUAUGGGUUUGAGGGGGUGAUUUUGUCCAUUUAUGGAAUGAAUCGAACCGAGCUUGAAUGUCCAGGGAGGGUUUGCAAGUUCCAAAGACCUGAAGAAGUACUGCAGUUAUUAGAUGUAGAAGAUGCCAAACUUUACAUGGACUUCAUCGUAUUGGGGAUUUUCUUCCUCAUCCUGCGACUCGCCACCUACUUGGUUCUUCGGUACAAAAUAAAGUCAGAACGAUAAUAUUCAAGUCAUGGCCUUGAAUGGUCUGCAGCUCUUGUGGCCUGUUUUCAGGCUACACAUAUACACUAUAAUUUCCAAAGGUGUCAUUAUCUGCUCAGGAAGGUCAGAUUUAUUUGUUCAUAAUUUUCGUGUUCUGGUUUUUGUUUUUCAUUUCGAAUAAAUUAAUUAAAUGUCA